GAAGGAAAUGAGCACGACGUAAAGGCGCUCUGUUGUAACUGCUCUUCCUCAUUCUGUCGGAGUUGAGGUUUGCUCAGAGAGCAGCUUUGCCCUCAGAACAGACACAACUCUUCCGGUGCCAACCUCAAGCUCUGACAGAAACCGGCCGGGGUAAAACAUCCGCCGUGCAGCACCUCUAAAAAGGAAGCCAUUCAGAUGAGCUGGUGGGAGGCAGAACCGAGGCAGACAGGAAGUGUUUAAAAGAGACAGUGGUGGCCACCUGAGCUUCAUGUUGCAUGUAGGAAGAGGUAGGAGUUGUGUCAGCUGCGAAGGGAAAGCUUUAAGGUGUUGAAAGUGUGAGUUCCUGAUGGCGUGUGUUUCUGGUAGCAGAGAGAAGGAUCAGCCACCAACACUGCCUGUCAAACAGCACAGGCGGUCCAGCGUGGAGUCCGACUCUGUUUUCAGCUCCGCUGGACUCCAGCAUCACAGCUUUGGACCCAGCGAUGUCUUCUCUGAACCCACCGACUGUCAUGCAGCCCAGUGUCCCAUCCAUCAGCGCUACGAUCCCUUCAAACACCAGAUGAGAUUUUUCUCCGAUGGUACACCACCCCCUGUUCCAAAGAAGAGGCUGACCCGGGCCCUCUCCCUUCCCGGCAUCGAUCCCCCAGCUCCCUCUUCCCCCUCUCCACUCUCUCCUCUGCAAAGACGUCCUCAGAAUUUUGACAACCCCGUGUACAUGAUGGCACCGAUAUCCGACACUUUCAUCUAUGAGGAGACCGAGGACUUUAAGCCAGCCAGAAGCCCCGCUCCCUUGCCGCCCCUCUCCCAGCUGUCCUUCGACGCCCCGGAUGAGCGCCUGGCCUCCGUCUUUGGUAACUUUGAGGACCAGCGUCUUGUCUCUGAGAGGAUUCAGCAUGGUCAGCUGCUCUGCCUUCGCAGCAUGGCUCAGAGAGUCGAGGACCGCGGCCUCUUCCAGGUGAAGGACAGGGAUCCCGGCUCAUAUGGGCCUCAGGAUUUCCUGCUUUGUGACGGCGGCAGGCCAAAGAUGAUCGGAGAGAAGACCUACUACAGCCUGCAAAGCCCAAGGUUUCCUGGGAGGGUGCUUGGUUUGAGGGUAUGCAAAGGGACAAAGGGCGCUCCCUCGGCUCCUAACAAAGAACAGGUGCAUGCCAACGUCCUGGACGUCAUCGCUUAUUUCCAGCCCAGAAUAAGCCAGGAAAGCGACCCCCCCUCCUCUGCGGAGCCAGACUGCAGGGCACCCAACCCCCCGGACGGACGCGUCACCGUCGACUCCCUCCUUCAGAAAGGUCACUGCGUGAGCGUCGAGCGUGACCUGCCCCACGCCACCCUGGACGACUUUGUCCGGGACAGCGGCUCGGCGCAGGGCGGCGGGCGUCAGGAUUACGACAGACAGGCGUGCGUUCUGCUGCUGCAGGUCUUCGUGGGCUCGCACCACCUGUACAGCACCGGCGCCGCAGCAGCCGAGCUCAGACCCAGGGAGAUCCUUCUGGUCUGGCCCGGCAAGGAGAGGUGCAAAGGAGAGGAUGCGCCGGGAGGCCACGCUCAGAGAGGCUGGCUCCAGGAGUUGUGGAGGAGAUAUGGCUCUCCCUGUGUGUUGGUAGCACCGCAGUCUGCUGCUUCUUUGGCCCCUCCGUCGCUGGCUUCCAUUCAGUGCCAAAUGGGAGCCCUAAUUCAGUUCUGCCUGCGGCCAAAGGAACCCCCCACAGAUCCAUCUCCGUCUGUUUUCCGAAGGGGGCUUCUUCACGUGUCCUCUCUGCUUCAGAGUGAGAACGGCCCCCAGAUGACGGACAUAAUAGCCAUGCUCCAGGUGCUCCUCUGGGGGCCCCGGUUCUCGGUCCUCAACCACAGAGGCCCCGCGUCGGUCACGGCUGUGCAGAACUGGCUGGCCGUGAAGCGAGCCCUGCUGCUGGUGAAGCUGGCAGAGGUGGGACUGAUCCAGGAUCAGCCUGGUCUGGACUGGGAGGACCGCAUGUGUCUGAAGUAUCUGCCGUUUACCGAUUCGGAGACUGUAGCGGGUGCGGCCGCGCAGCUCUGCAACAUCCUGAGCUGAGAUCAUCAUCAAGAUAACGGAGGGAAGAAAAUACGACAAGAAGGACCCCUGUAGAUCCCUCCUUAGCUUCCUGUGUUCGCAUUGUGCUGAACGGCUCUGACAGAACUCUGAACUUAUUAAAAAUGAUGAAAACUUUCUCCACUAACUUUUUAACCGGAAGUGGGAUCCUCGUUUACAUACACACACACAUUUCAUCUCAUACGCAAUUCCACAGAAAAGCUGCAAUGUUUUACUUCCUCAAAUGUGCUGGAGAUAAUUGUGCAACAGUCACUAGCUUGCCAGUAGUUGAUGGAGGCUACAGCUCCCAGGCAGGCUUGUUGCACAGGAAAGCAGAAAUGAUGGUUGAUCAUAGGCUGAUGGCCAUCUUACUCAUCAUGGUAUCAGAUUAAAUGAGAUUAAAACCUUCUGAGUGGGGGAGUAUAGCGGUCUGGGACUGCUGCGGCCUCCCGGGGUCAGGUCUACCUGCACCUCGUCGUUAUUGGGUGGCAGGCCUUCUGCUGUUCUCCCCAAACUCAGAAACGUGCGCCUCCAGGUGAUAAACUCACAUUAGCACAAACAAUUGUUUCCACACAUAUGCUCACCCAUCCAUGCAAGAUAGUUGAAGGUCACACAACUGUGUUUACCCUCACAUUACCGGGGCCUGGCUACUUUAAUGCUGGAGAAUCUGGAUCUAAUUAGUUCCUGCCGUCAGGAUACGGCUUUGAGAUACGCUUUGUAGAUGGAAAGCGCCCUGGCACAUGGGGGCAACCAUCCGCUCCAUACGGUACGCCUGAAAUGCCACAACGGAACGUAG